AUGGCAAUGAGUGAAUUCACCAGUGCUGCCCCUUCAAUGUUGGGAGUCAGUGGAAGCUAUAUAUGUGGGAGCAAAAUAUUAUUUAUCCUAUAUUUUUGUUCAAAAGGCAGAGAUCAGGUAGCUGUGGGUGUAGCUCCCAUUGGCUUUGCAAACAAGAGUUCAGAGAGUGCACUGUCCAUCUACCCACUUGCUAUAGCAAACUGUAAAGAGAAAAGAGACAAUUUAAAGCAGCUCCUGAGAAAUCUAAAUUCCCAGAAGAACUGCAUUAAAAAACAUGGCAUUGUAGUGGAUGGCAGAAAGUACAAAAUCAAGUUCACAGUAACUCUGGACUACAAAGCCCUGUUGCUUCUUCUGAAUAAGAAAAAUGAUGAGGACUUCACUCUUGGUGGAAAAGGCUACAAUGUUGAAUGCUGUGCCUAUUGCGAUGCUAUUAGGGCUUGUACAUCACAUGGAGCUGAUCCCGAUGAGGCAUGUUUAGAUUGCUUAAGAUCAAAAGCUAACAUUGGAAGGUAACUAAAAGCACAAUUAUUACAAGUUCAACUCACCCACAUAAAGGAUAGGCCCUGAAUUGACCAAAUUCCAGCACUUAUAAUAAUUAUCAUUACGCACAUGUAUAGAUGGAACAAUGUUACAUGACUAU